CACUGAGACAGUACUAGAGCACCAAACCAACGUCAGAAAAAUGACCAGUUGACAAGCACCGAGCCACCGACCUCGUCCUCCUCCAGUCGUCCUCGUCCUCGUCCUCCGCACCCAUUUUGCCUCCUCGUCUCACCACUGGCCAGCAGCCCCCGAAUCCAUGGACCCCAGCCAAUCCGGCACCCCUUCGUUGUUUCCAGUCAUGGACAUCCCCGUUGCCUACCCUCCGGCGGCGUACCCUCCCUGCGAGGUCGCCGUCGCCGCCGCCGCCUACCCGCGGCUUCUCUACGCGCCGCCGGAUGCUGCCGCGGCCCAGCAGGCGGCGGCCGCGCAGCAGCAGCAGCAGCUACUGGGCGCCCCCGUUGUCUGCCCUCCGGCGGCGUACCCUCCCGGCGAGGUCGCCGUCGCCGCCGCCGCCUACCCGCCGCAGCUCUACGCGCCGCCGGAUGCUGCCGCGGCCCAGCAGGCGACGGCCGCGCAGCAGCAGCUACUGGGCGCCCCCGUCCGCGUUGCCUAUGCGCCGCCGGAUGCUGCCGCGGUCCAGCAGGCGGCGGCAGCGCAGAAGCACAAGCAUCAGCUGCAGAUGUUGUGGUUGGAGCUGCGCCGAGAGAUCGAGGCCACCACCGACUUCAAGAAACACAACAUCCCGCUCAGCCGCAUCAAGAAGAUCAUGAGGGCCGACCCGGACGUCUGCGCAAUCACCGCCGAGGUCUUGGUCGUGUUCCCCUGGGCCUGCGAGAUGUUCAUCCUCGAGCUCACCCGCCACGGCUGGGCACACGCGGAGGCGAACAAGCGCCGCAUGCUCCAGAAGUCCGACAUUGUCGCUGCCAUCGCCCGCACCGAUGUGUUCGACUUCUUUCGCGACACCGUUCUGCACGACGACGCCAAAGAAGGCGCUGACGCGGCGCCCGCCGCAGCUGCGGCUGCCGAGAAAGCGCAUCCUGCCGCGGGAGCACCGGCCACCGACCCCCUCGCCAACUACCCCAUGCCUCAACAGUAAAUCAUCAUCAUCAUCACCUUCUUACCGCGUAAAUAAGACUUGUGGUUUGAUUCUAAAAUUAGGGUAAGAUUGCUGUAAAACUGGGUGGCGCCCUUUGAUUGGGCUGCUAGUGUAUGCUAUUGCCUAAGCCUAACUCAUCCUGCUGGUGCUGUAAUGGGACAGGUAUUAUGCUAACAAGCUUAAACGUUUAGGUGAUUUGAUAGGUGUUCUUUGAAGUUCUGUUCUGCUGUACUGCGCCGAGUAGUAGUUUGGCAUGACAUGGAAUCGGCUGAUUAAAACUGAAUGGGUGUAUGUAUUUGAUUGUACAACGUGUUCCUUUUUCGUGUUGUUAUCUGGUUAAUUGGACUGGAUUUGUUUUAGUUC